AUGAAAGAUCAGAAUCGGGCUUGGUUCUUCCCGCAUGCAAAGCUGGCAGAUGUCGGCAACGUAUACAAAGCUGUAAGAGAGGAGUAUUCAAGCCUUCCGCUUCACGUUUUCAGUGACAUAGCCAAAACCGAAAUAUCUAACAGCCCCGACGCCGUAGGACUAUGGGGAUUCCUCUUCGACGAUAUAGAUUACUACACGCGCCGACCCGGCAUCUUCGGCAUGAUCCACGAUAACUCCCUGAUCGACAUGCGUCCUUACGAUUCCAAAGACAGGGACUCCCACCAAUCAAGAUCAGUUGAAAGGCGUCGUACAAUGAAGGACUGGUCAGGAUUCAUCGACUGCACGUACACGGCUUUAAGUCUGGAAGCGGGAAAGAUCCGAUCUCUGGUUCACGGGUGCCUCUAUCGUGUUCUGACGGACAAAGUCUAUAACCAGGCGUCAAGCAUCCUCGAUUGUAUAGAAGCCAGCGACGACGAGUCAGCAGGAUGGAGAUUCCUUUUCGCUAGCAAAAGCUGCACCAUGUCCCAACGCUCGGUAGGCCGGAUAAUUGCUACCUGGAAUCGUUUUCAGCACCACAACUCUCCUAGCAUCCACGUAUGGCCCAGAGAACGGACGAUCGUAAUGCACAUAUCAUCUGGCUGCGUUAUGAAACCGGUGACAACGAGAACGGGAAGGCAUUGGGUGGACUCGACGUGCUACAAUACACCGGGGAUGCUCCAUCUGCUCUGCGGGAAACACCGGGCCACAACGGAUGACGUGGCUGAUAACGUUAGGACGACCAUGCACCUGAUCCCUUUCUUCCUCCACGAUGAGCCGCCUAGACCUACAUUGGCUUCCAGUAUGUCGCACCAAGCACUAUGCAGACCGCGGGUAGGACUCACCUCAACGACUGCUGCAACGACAAGCUAUCUACCCGUAGUUCGAACCCCUAUGAUGCAACGACUGAUCGACACCCUUACUGACACUCGGUUCAUCUCUGUUCCAGGUGUUUCCCUGCUAGUUGUCUUCGCGAACAUGAGAAUGAAUUACGAGGACUCCCUCAUUGUCAGCCAGCACGUAAACGACGAGAAACUAUUCCGCCACUUCGGAGUCAUCCACCACCCGGUAAAGGACGGCGUUCCAACGAUGAAGCGUGGAGACAUCAUCACCGAGAAGGACGAUUGGUUCCGGCCCUAUGCUAAUGCCAAAGUACUAAGAGAAGGGGUAUCAAGCAAGAUGUCACGUUAUGUCACGGCGGAGAUGUCAGAUGACAGGCUGCAUGAAGGAGACAAAUUAGCUACGUGGCACGGGCAAAAGUUUACCGUCUCGGAGAUCAUCCCCGAAGAAAGAAUGCCCAUUUUCACCUGCACAGCUACGAGGAAGAAAUUACGUCCCCACAUGAUCGUUGCGUCUUCGUCAGUUCAUAAUCGCGGUACUAUCGGUCAGAUCUUCGAGGCAUGGGCGGGGAUGAACUGCGUAGGUGAUACUAACUUCGAUCCUCGUACGUGUGAAAAGUAUGUUAUCUGCGACCCGUUCAGGAAGUCAGACAUACCGGCCAACCGGUUCACCUGCGAAAUAUCAGACCCAUCCCUACCCCUUAGAUCAACGGACGGUAGCAGAAUUAUUGCUGACUACGGGAUAUGCAACUUCUGGCAGCUCUCGCACAUUUCUCGGGACAAGCAACACUACGUGAGUGAUAUUCCGCGCGGGGUGGCAAUGAAGAAGGGCAAGCUUAACAGGUCAGGAGUUCGGUUCGGGGAAGCGGAGUGCCUCUCGGCUAUGUCUGGCGGCUUAGUCAACUGCCUCUCCUACCUUAGCGAUAACGGGGACCUGUCUAUAGUUGAUGUAUGCCAGAAGUGUAGACGGCUCGUGAUUAACUGUGAUUGUGAAGAAGGGUGGACCCCGUCGACUAAAGUGGUGGUUCGUAAUGCGUUAGCCAAGUUUGAUGUCAUGAGGACGGCCUAUUCGGUUAACGGUGCAAUGGGGCUGGAGAAGCUCGGUGACGACGAAGAGAGGGCUCAGGUGGAAGGCAGGCGUACGUCCGUCCCGUUCAUCGCAGAGUCCUUCACCUACCACGCUUAG